CCGAUGACGUCAGGUGGGCGUAGGAAUCGUUGCCAUCGACGAGUCGGACGUUUACUCGAAACGAGCGCCGCUGGGAAAACAAACCGAAACACUUCGUGGGUGUCGUAGCGUCUCUUCUGUGGACUGAACAUGGGGAACUGUCUCACCGUGGGGCCGAACGAGGCGUUGGUCGUGUCUGGUGGCUGCUGUGGCUCCGAUUCAAAGACCUAUGUUGUGGGUGGCUGGUCUUGGGCUUGGUGGUGCAUUUCUGACACUCAAAGAAUCACUCUGGAGAUCAUGACUCUGCAGCCCCGGUGUGAGGACGUGGAGACGGCUGAGGGCGUGGCCAUCACUGUCACAGGUGUAGCUCAGGUGAAGGUGAUGACAGAGCAGGACCUGCUGGCAGUGGCCUGCGAACAGUUCCUGGGCAAGUCGGUGAUGGAGAUCAAGGCUGUGGUGCUGCAGACUCUGGAGGGACAUCUGCGCUCCAUUUUAGGCACUCUGACUGUGGAGCAGAUCUACCAGGACAGGGAUCAGUUUGCUAAACUGGUGAGGGAGGUGGCAGCUCCAGACGUGGGCAGGAUGGGCAUCGAGAUCCUCAGCUUCACCAUCAAGGACGUGUACGACAAACUGGACUACCUCAGUUCUCUGGGGAAGACCCAGACUGCCGCAGUCCAGAGGGAUGCUGACAUUGGCGUGGCCGAGGCGGAGAGGGAUGCUGGGAUACGGGAGGCCGAGUGCAAGAAGGAGAUGAUGGACGUCAAGUUCCUGGCUGACACCAAGAUGGCCGACUCCAAACGAGAACUGGAGCUGCAGAAAGCCUCUUUCAACCAGGAAGUGAACACCAAGAAAGCCGAAGCUCAGCUGGCCUACGAGCUGCAGGCCGCUAAGGAGCAGCAGAAGAUCCGUCUUGAAGAGAUCGAGAUCCAAGUUGUUCAGAGGAAGAAGGAGAUCGUCAUCGAGGAGAGGGAGAUCGAACGUACCGACAAGGAGCUGAUUGCCACGGUCAAGAGGCCCGCCGAGGCUGAAGCCUACAAGAUGCAGCAGCUGGCUGAAGGACGCAAGAUGCAGACGGUGCUGCUCGCUCAGGCCCAGGCAGAGAAGAUCAAGAAGAUCGGUGAAGCUGAGGCCACCUCCAUCGAGGCCGUGGGGAAGGCUGAGGCUGAGAAGAUGAGGCUGAAGGCUGAGGCCUAUCAGCAGUAUGGGGAGGCGGCCAAGACUGCGCUGGUGCUGGAGGCGCUGCCCAAGAUUGCUGGAAAAGUGGCAGCUCCGCUGUCCAAGACCAACGAGAUCGUCAUCCUGAGUGGCGAGGGCAACCGUGUGACCGGCGAAGUCAACCGUCUCCUGGCUGAACUUCCUGUUAGCGUCAACGCCCUGACUGGAGUGGAUCUGUCCAAGAUCCCACUGCUGCAGAAGAUGACCUCUCAGGCCUGAAGCGUCAACCGUGUGCACUGACUUUCACAAACUUGAAGAAUUUAGUUGUUUUAUAUACAGUCCAAGUGAAUAUUUGGAAACCUCUGGUGCCUUACUUUAUACAGGACCAGAAUAUCUGCAUGCACUGCUGCUCAUUCAAGGAUUUUUUUUAUCAACUUGUUUUUGCUCUUCUGUUGUGCGUUUGCACGUUUCAGCGAAGUAUCAGAGGAGGAGAGUUUAAGAUCCUCGCAGGCCUCACCUGCUGACAUGAGCUCCUCCUCACCCGUUAUCUGUGAAUUCAGUUUAUGACUCUCAGACGCGUCUGCAUUCCCUGGACAAUCUGAAUAUUUUAGUCUUUUUAACAUGUUUUUUUUGAUGGGUCAUUUUAUUGAGUUGGCCAACAUACAGUAACUGGAAGUGAUUGUUGUGAGGGCAGGAACGCUAGACGCAGAUUUCGAUCUUGUGGUCAUAUAGUGAGCUUGUAAUGUAGUUUCCAUGAUUAUUACGGACCCUAAAAAUAAGUCUUCUGAACUUGUUUAGAGUUCGAAUAUGUUUAUUCGUGUCAAACAGAGAAGCAGUUUUGUGGAUCGCUGGAAUUGCAGGUUGUUUAGAUGGAAAAAAGGGAAGGAGAAGGCGCUUACUCAUUUUUACUGCUAAGCCAUGUCUGACAGGUACGUCAACUAACCAAAUGUUAACACUUAGAAGAGAAACAUUUUUGAUUGUUUUUUAUUAGAGUAGUUGAUUAACUCAUCAAAUUAUUGUCUGCUUUAUGUUCUUUGUGGAAUUUUCUCUUACUCACCAAAUGUUGCUGAUUCAGGGUUUUGAGUAUAAUUUGGUCGACAAAGUUACAUUCAAGACGGACGGCACUGUCUGUGUGCUCGUCUGUAAUUUCAUAAUCACACGCAGAUAAGACUAAUCUGAUAAUCUGAAGCAGAUAAAACUGAUAUUUUAUAACCCGGUUGCAAAGACAGCCAGCCGACUGACACUGAACCUACACACGACUGUUAUUCUCGUUGUUCAUGUAGUCUUUCGUGCCAAUCGUCCAUCCUCAGGUGCAGUUUCAUUUGCUGAUCUUGUGACUUGAGAAUACUGUCAUCGUUUUUCUUUUGCAAGACAUUUGUUGUCCAAGGCAGACAGGUUUGUGAUGUUUCAUCUCGUCGUCUCAAAUGUUGCUGUAUGCUCUUGCUGCAUGUCAACCAUCUGUACUCCCAAUGAUCUGUUCAUUCUUUGUUGUUGUUCAAAAUAAAUCAAAAA